AUGGGUUUGAAGUUGUAUCAUUACUCUAUAAGUGGCCCUUCAAGGUCAGCCUACAUGGCUAUUAAAACCAUGGGAAUACCGGUUGAAGUUAUCAUUAUAGAUUUAAUGAAAAAGGAGCAGCUUCAAGAGAGUUUUGUGAAGAUAAACCCUCAGCACUGUGUGCCGACUGUUGACGAUGAUGGUUUUGUGCUUUGGGAAAGCAAGGCUAUAGCUUGUUAUUUAGCAGAGAAGCAUGGAAGAGAAGACUUGUAUCCAAAAGAGAUCAAGCAUCGUGCUAUUGUAAAUCAAAGGCUAUAUUUCGAUAGCGCUACAUUGUUACCACAUAUACGAGCUAUCAAUCACCCAAUUUUGUUUGAAGGUGUAAAGGAGAUACGGAAGCCACUAAAGGACAAUUUGAAUGUGACACUAGGCUUCCUGAAUCAAUUCUUAAGUGAAAGUAAAUGGGUUGCUGGUGAAACAAUGACAUUAGCAGAUAUUGCCAUAUCUUCAUCAAUAGCUACAGUUUCAGCUCUUGAUUGGGAUUUUUCUGAGUUUCCCAACAUUCAAAGAUGGUUCAAGCAGUGCGAGGCGAUUGCAGGAUUUGAGGAAAAUAUAAAAGGUGCAACAUUGUAUGGACAAGCAGUUAAGAAAAAUUUAGAAAAAUAA